ACUUUCCCCAGGCACCGAGCCGCCAGGGAAAGGAGGUAGCCACGGCUACGUCCGCUCGCCGUCGCCCUCUGUCCGGAGCCAGGAGCCCAUCCUCCAGCAACGGCCCAGCAUCUUUCAGGGCUCCAACGGGACGAGCGUCAUCAGCCCUCUGGAUCCGGCCGCCCAGCUGCGCAUCAUGCAGCUGCCUCCCGGUGCUCCCUCCAUCACCCAAGGGCUGCCGUCCUCCCGCUACAGCACGGCCGCCGACGCGCUGGCCGCUCUGGUGGACGCAGCCGCCUCUGCUCCGCAGAUGGAAGUGGCCAAGUCCAAGGAGGGCAAGCACGACGGUGGACGGAUAGAGGAGAACCCGGGGCGCAGGUCCUCGGUGGUCAGCGAGCCGCCGCAGCCACCGAUGGAGCAGAAGGCGCUGGAUGGGGAGAAGAGGGGAGCCUCCGGUUACGGCGCCUCGGCUUCGGCGGCUUUCUCGACCAGCAAAUCCCAGAACCUGCCGCCGUCGGCCGUCUACUCCGAGGCCGGGAAGGACAAAGGGCCCCCCUCCAUCUCCAAGUACGAGGAGGAGCUCCGCACACGGGGCAAGACCACCAUCACUGCCGCCAACUUUAUUGACGUGAUCAUCACGCGGCAGAUUGCCUCAGACAAGGACGCCCGCGAUCGCAACUCGCAGAGCUCGGAUUCGUCCGGCAGCUGUAUGUCGUAUUCCGUCCUCCAGCUUGGUGGUUUCUUGGGGGGCAGUUUUCUUUUUUCCUCACCUGGGUGA